AGAAAUAAAUUUGUCAAACUGUCAAAGUCACUUGUCAAAAAUAGUGGGCGGGGAUAAUUUUGGUUUUGUGGCAGAUCAUUAAUUUAUUUUUGUAAGAAAAAAAUGUCUCAUCAAACGGGAAUUAAAGCCAAUGAUGAAUUGAAAAAGUUUCUUGGAAAGUGCAGAGAUGGGAAAGUUAGAAUCGUGAAAAUCUCAAUCGAAAAUGAACAAUUAACUCUUGCCAGUCAUAAAGAAGUGAAACAUUCUUGGGAUAAAGAUUUUGAUGCCUGUAUAACACCACUAAUUGAGGAAAAUCAACCAUGUUAUCUCUUAUAUCGACUAGAUUCAAAAAAUUCGUCGGGCUAUGAAUGGCUUUUUAUAAGUUGGUCACCUGACACGGCUCCUGUGAGACAAAAAAUGUUGUAUGCGUCAACUAAAGCAACCCUGAAACAGGAAUUCGGGACAUCACAGAUUAAAGAAGAGUUGCAUGGCACUAUUACGAGUGAUAUAACUUUAAAUGGAUAUCAGAAACACAAAAAAGCAGCUAUCGCCCCUGCCCCAUUAACAACAAGAGAGGAAGAACUCCAAGAAAUCAGAAGAACUGAAGUUCAUACUGAUAUAAGUGUGGACAGUAAGCAACAAACUCUAAGUGGGGUUGCGUUUCCACUAACAGAGGCCGCAAGGCAAGCUAUUGUAGAUAUGGCCCAAGGGUCUUAUGAUUAUUUACAAUUUAAAAUAAAUAUUGAAGAAGAAACUAUUCAUUUAGUCACUGCUGAGAACCUCAGCAUUGAAAAACUUCCUUCUAAAGUUCCUGCAGACAGUGGUAGAUAUCACUUGUACAAAUUUAAGCACACUCACGAGGGUGAUUAUAUGGAAAAUAUAGUAUUUAUAUAUUCAAUGCCAGGGUACAAUUGCCCAAUAAAAGAGCGCAUGUUAUAUUCUAGUUGUAAGAAUCCGUUAACUGACACCAUUACAAGUCUAGGCUUGGAAAUUGUGAAAAAGUUGGAAAUUGAUUCAGGGUCUGAGUUAACUGAAGAUUUCCUGUAUGAGGAGAUACACCCAACAAAAAAUUUGCACCGUCCGAAAUUUGCCAAACCAAAAGGGCCACCCAAUAGAGGACCAAAACGAAUGACUAAGUCUCAAAAUGUGGACAAUUGAAACGGCGGUUGUAAUGCUUUAUAUAAAUUAUUUAUUUAGUUUACAUGUGCUCAACUAGGUGUUUUUAUAGCUUUUUCAUAACAAAUAUUUUUGUAUUUGAAAGCUCAUUGUAUAAAUCAUGAAGUAUUAACUAUCAGUCGCUUUUGUGUUACAUGAAAUAAAAUUUAUCACAAUUAA